CUGCCAUUGGUUCAGUGCAAUGGACCGGCAACAGUGUACUCUAUAAUACUAUGCCUGCCUGAGCCACAGAGAGCAUCAGAAUUCCUUUAGCAGGAGAUGCUUGCAACGGAACUACAGGACUUGAAUGAGGCAGCUCUAGCCUGAGCUGAAUCAGGGAGACUGGGUGUUAGGUUGCUGAUUUUAGCAGUGUACUGAAAAAGAAAAUCUACAAAAGCUAUGUAUGGCUAAGCAAAUCCUGCCUAUUGAUGCCCCGUGUUGAAGGAAGUAAGCAGAGUUUUAUAUCUAAUAAUGAAGAAAUACUUACUUUAUUCAUGAUUGUAUGAGUAAAUAUUCCACUGGAAGAAGGGGAAAGAUGCACUUCUUUUUCUAACUGGUUGUAACUUUACCUCGCUUGGGACAUUAGCUUGUUUUUUUUCUCUUUUUUGUCUGGUUGAACUGUGUGCACUCUGUGCAUGGAAGCUGCCGGUCCCAUAUGGCUUGUUACUAUAUUGUCAUCAGCUCCACGCACCUCAGCAAUGGUCACUUUCGAAACAUCAAGGGAGUUUUCAGAGGCCCUCUCAGCAAGAAUGGAAACAAAAACCUGGAUUAUGCAGACAAGGAAAAGACAAUCGCAAAAGCUCUUGAAGACCUGAGAGCCAACUUCUACUGUGAACUCUGUGACAAGCAAUAUUACAAGCACCAGGAGUUUGAUAACCACAUCAACUCAUACGAUCAUGCACACAAGCAGAGAUUAAAGGAGCUGAAGCAGAGAGAGUUUGCUCGGAAUGUAGCCUCAAAAUCAAGAAAAGAUGAAAAGAAGCAGGAAAAAGCUUUAAAACGUUUACAUGAACUGGCAGAACAACGCAGAGAAGUCCGAUGUGCUUCUGGAAGUGGUCCAAUGUUUAGGUCAACAACUGUUGCCAUUGAAGAUGCCUCCAAGGAAGCACCAACACAUGUCGAUAAUAAAACAGAAGGAAUCGAACCUGCUGCGGCAUAUAUGACACACACGGUAAAGGACUUGCAGGUGGUGCUCCCUGGCCAACAUGGACAGACUGAUAGGCCUUUUGACAGCAAAGUAAAAAAACAAAUCUAUGGACAAAAAAUUGGAUUUUCCUUUUCAUUUCAAAAGAAAGCAUCUGUCAAACUAGAGUCUUCAGCUGCUGUGUUCUGUGAGAACACAGAGGAAGGAUCAACGGCGCAGAGAUUUAGACAGAAAAACAGAGCCAUCCCAGGUGACUGUAAUCAUCCAGGUACUCCUCUAACAGAAAGAGAACUAAAUUCUGAAGAGAGACAUUGCAACACUGGCGCCCAGCAGGAAAGUGUUAUCAACAAAUGUACAGCUCCAAAUGCGCAGCUCCAAGGAUUAUGUUAUGUGCCUAUAAAAGAAAAUAACACGGGUGCAGAUACAAGUUUAUGCUCAAUGCUGGCUUACUCUGAGGAUCCAAGCCAGUCUUUCUCUGACUUGCCUACAACAACAAAAGAGACUGUAAGAGAUAUAGAAAACUGUUCUGAAUUUCAAGACAGUGAAGCAAGAGAAAUCCAAACUAAAAACAAUGUCCAUGUUAGAGAAGAGUCCAAAAUGGAUGUAACCAUUACAGAAAAUAGAUAUCCUGCAGGAAACAGUCCACAACCUGGUGAUGAUGGAAGGAUUUUUUUGGAGGUAGAUUCCUCCCAAAUCAUUGAAAAAGACACUGAUGCAACAAAUAAGAAUCUAUGCAUAUUCACAAAGCCAAGUAAACCUUUUGUUCCAGUCUUGGGCAAAGAUGGAUCAACAGUACUUCAGUGGCCUUCAGAGCUGCUGAUGUUUACAAAAACAGAGAAAUCUUUAUCCUACAGCUGUAAUCCCCUCUACUUUGACUUUAAAUCAUCAAGGAAUAAAACUGAGUCAGAAAAAAGCAAAUGUAAUGCAAAUGAAGCUCAUGUUCUUCAGGCUGCAGCUGAAGAAGCUCAGAGAAAUGAUAAUGCUUAUGUCAGCACAUAUGUUGUUCAUGGAGAAGCACCCUACUGUGAUAGUGAGUCCACACAUGGGCUCAGUCACAGUCCUAUACAAAAAAAUACUGAUUUUACCAGAGACAAUCUGAACCUUCAGGAGCUAAGUGAGCAGUCAUUGCUUACAUUCCAAAAUAACGAUGAGGCAAAUGACAGACUCAUAAACGCAGCUGACAGGUCUGCAAAACUAAAAAAGCACAAAAAAUCGAGAAAACGUUCAAGAGAUUGGAAUAGUGUGGGUAGAAAAGAGCAGGAGAAAAACAGAGGCUGUGGUGACAGAUAUGACUGCAGAAGCAGAAAACAAAGAAGGAAAAGAAAGGCAUCCCAUGAUGAUGAAACUCAGAAGGAAGCCAAUGAAAAUGGGAACGAUUCUAAGGACUUUCUGAAACAGACAAAAUGUACGGAAGGGUGUGUUGACAAAUUUGGAGGGGACACAGCUGAACAAACUCAAUCAUUAGAAGAGUCAAAGCAAUCAAAUCAAAAUCAAGAACAAAAUGACAGCAACAGCAGCAAAGCAAAGAACAUAGCAAGAAGGCAGCCAAGAACAGCAGGUAUCUUAAACAGCACAGCAGAGGCUGCAACACUUCCUGAUGAAAAUGGCUCUGAUUAUGAAGUGGUACUCAGGAACAGUGUAAAAAAUCUAUAUAAUCCAUCAACAGAACAAAUGAACACAACAGGACACUGCUCCCUGUACUGUGACAUACCUUAUUCUCAGAACACAUGUAUUACAGAUAGAAGGUCAGUCUCAGAUCAUAAGAUAUCAGAACAUUUUAGUGAUGAGAAAUACUUGUACCAAAGCCAGUUAUUAAAAAGAAGGCAUGGAUCUCAAAAUGAACAAGAGGUAUCCUUUCCUAAACGCAGUGCAAACUGUCCUUCAUCAGGAAAUGAUUCCUGUAGGCUCAAAAGAUCAAUAAAGUGGUGGAAACGUGAGAGCUCUACACGUUCAGGCUGUAAGCCAAGUAAAAAGAGGAAAAGAAGGAGAAAGGCUUACAUAGGAAAUCAGGGUUUUGUUAUCAACUGGAAAAUGAAUAAUAAAGAUGCAUUUAAGCCCAAUCUCUGUAUAGAUUUAUCUGCAGAGACUUCCAAACAUGACAACAGAUUAGCAAAUGCUUUUCCGAACCAAAUUCUAAAAGGGGGGUCCAAACAUCCUGGUGAAGUCGUUGACAUAAUGAAUAGUCUAGAAAAUGCAAAUCAUUUGGUUCAUCAAGCACCCACUCACAGUUUUCUGUUAAGAACACAGGAGCAUCCAAUUGCAAGAUUUUUAGACUGGACAAGUAACACAAACCCAGAUAAGGGGUUUUUACAUCGAAGGUUUAGUCUGAAUGAAAGUGCCACGGUUUCAACUGAAGAUGUGCCUGAGAGAGAGAUUCAUCAAACUGAGAGCUGGAAUAUUGCUGAAGUUAAUAAAACAACUCAUGUGCAUCAGACUGCAAACUUACAAACCGGGAAAGACACUGCAACAUCCCAAAUUACAACUCAUUGUUGUCGAUGUGAAGUCAAACAAACAAAAGAACAUGAGGCUGUAAACAUAGGACCCAGCAAUUUAUUUCAGUACAAUCCAAGUGCCGAGUAUCACAGAAAUCUAGAUCACUUCACGGUUCAAGACGCAAAAGUAAGAAGCCAAGAAGGUUUGAGGUCAGGGCACUUAAGAAGCCAAGAAGGUUUGAGGUCAGGGCACUUAAUUGGGUCUUUCUCUGCACCUCAAGGAGCCUUAUUGUUAGCCCCCGAUGAGAUUGAUAAAUAUAAAACACACACGCACAUGUUGCAUCAGCAGGCAUUUUCAAGCAAGCUUAAACCGACCUUGUCUGCACCACCUCUUUCUGUGCCAUCCCCUGCCACUCUGCAUCCUCUACACAUGCAACAGCUGAUGUCAUCAACCUCCAUCACAAUCCAGCCCACCAUCCUUCAACACCAUGCUGCUGCACUUGCGGCUACAUGUUCCUUCCUUCAGCCACACCCUCAGCUCUAUCCACAGGCCUUCCCAUUUUCUCGACCACCCCUGCCUCAAAUGACUCUAGCUCCAGGAAUGUGUCCAGAAAACUACCCCAGCUUUAUUCCCACUUCUCAACUACCAAUGGUAGCACCCACGACUCUUCAUCCAGGACCAUUGACCUUUCAUCCAUUACCACAUACAACAAUGUUUUCACCAUUGUUUCCAUCACAUCCAACUGUCUUUCCAAUGCAAUCUUUGUUUUAAAUAUUGCUUUAUAUGAUUUUAACAGACCAUUGAUUCAAUGUAAACAUGUAUUUAUUUAUGUAUUUAUUUAUUUGAUUUGUUUAUUUGUUGUUUCGUUUAAUCUUUUCUGUCUAAAUGUAUAUUUUUGGAGUUUCUUUAAACAAAAUCCAACUGUAUUUUGUAUGUGAUACUUAAAACAUCAAUUUUAAAAUGUCUGAAACUUGAUUUGAAUCCAUUAUUUGAAUCCAUAACUUUUCAAGCAGUUAUAGUGAGAAACAAUUUCAUCAGAGAUGUAUAUGUUCUGCAAACUUUCCUUCAAAGGCUUUUCACACUUCUGUUCUACUAUUAGACGGACUUGGUAAACCUUUUAAAUUCAGCAGUGAGCGCUAUUUACAAAAUUUUAACUAGGUUUAUAAAUAUCAAAUGCAAGUAUUCAAAACUGAUUUUGAAAAGUUAAAUCUUUGUAAAUAGGACCAUACCUAAAACCCAAAACUUGGUACUAUACUUUUUCUUUGUUUGACAUGGUUGUUACUCAGAGCCAUUUAAACCCAUUUCUAUUUCUGAUUACAAUAUGUUACUUUUUAUUGCACAUAAAAUGAUACAUUUAAUAAAAUAUUAAUGAACUGUGUUAUAUAAACUAGUGUAUUUGGAAGGUUUUGGUUUGUUAUACAUCUAAACCUUAAGUAAAGAUGUGUUCUGUGUGGGUUCUUUGGAUGUUAAAACGAGGCAGAUGGAUGUAAUGUUCUAUACAAUGAUUGCUGUAAUAUGAAGACGUGUACAUGUUGUACAUUUAAUGUGUUUCUAUACUACCUGUAAUAUUUACUGUAAAAUAUGUUCCUUUGUUUUUAUUAUGUAUGGUACCUUGUAUGUAUGGAAUAUUUAGAUAAAACUAGUACAUUAUGUUUUUGUUUUUUUUAUAUAUAUAUAUAUACAUGAAUAAUAAAAAAACAAUAUUGUAAGUACCUUUUGUCUCCUGCAAUAAAAAAAACAAAAAAACAUAAACAUAC